AUGGCCGCCUCUCUCAUCCGUACCUCUGCGCGUACCGCCCUCCGCUCCGGAGCUUCGGCUGCUCCAAGAGCUGCUGCGAGCUUGACUUUUGCGCGCGGCAAGGCUACUCUGCCUGACCUGUCUUACGAUUAUGGUGCUCUGGAGCCUUCGAUCUCUGGCAAGAUCAUGGAGCUUCACCACAAGAACCACCACCAGACCUAUGUCAACAGCUACAACCAGGCCAUCGAGCAGCUGCAGGAGGCUCAGGCCAAGAACGACAUUGCGUCUCAGAUCGCCCUGAAGCCCCUGAUCAACUUCCACGGCGGUGGUCACCUCAACCACACUCUCUUUUGGGAGAAUCUGGCCCCUAAGAGCUCUGGUGGUGGUGAGCCCCCGAGUGGUGCUCUGGCCAAGGCCAUCGAGGAGACAUAUGGCAGCUUGGAAAACUUCCAGGGUAAGAUGAACACCGCUCUGGCCGGCAUCCAGGGAAGCGGAUGGGCUUGGCUUGUCAGGGACAAGCAGACCGGACACAUUGGCAUCAAGACCUAUGCCAACCAAGACCCUGUUGUUGGUCAGUUCCAGCCUCUUCUUGGCAUUGACGCCUGGGAGCAUGCCUAUUAUCUGCAAUACCAGAACCGCAAGGCCGAGUACUUCAAGGCCAUCUGGGAGGUUAUCAACUGGAAGUCUGUGGAGAAGCGCUUCUCCGCAUAG